GAGGUGGAGGCAGUCAGCCUGCGACGGAAAAACAAGCGAGCACAGGUCGAGCAGAACACGCUCAGUCCAUGUUUUAGAGGAAAAAGAAAACACCGUGAAACCGGAGGCUAUGUGGAUGUAAGCGGUCCUUCGGUCGCCUUCAGCCGGACUCAGUUGCUCACUGUUUCGGGUUGUCGUUUCGAGCGUGUCGCUGUUUGCCCGAUUCUCAGCGGAGUGAACACUAAGGGGGACUCCAUGAAAGAUGACAGAGGAGGUGAUUGUUGUAGCCAAGUGGGACUACACGGCCCAGCAGGACCAGGAACUUGACAUCCGUAAAAAUGAGCGUCUCUACCUCCUGGACGACUCGAAGACCUGGUGGCGAGUCCGCAACACCUCUAACCAGACGGGCUACGUGCCGUCGAACUACGUCGAGCGCAAGAACAGCCUGAAGAAAGGCUCGCUGGUGAAGAACAUCAAAGACACACUGGGUUUGGGAAAAACUAAGAGGAAGACGAGUGCCCGCGAUGCUUCCCCAACGCCCAGCUCAGACACGGAGUACCCCUCCAACGGCAGCGGGAGUGGAGGAGGUGGAGGUGGAGGAGGAGCGGCGGAGAGAAUCUACGACCUCAACAUCCCCGCUGUGGUUAAGUUUGCCUACACAGCAGAGAGGGAUGAUGAGCUGACCCUGUUCAAGGGCUCCCGAGUGACCGUGAUGGAGAAGUGCAGCGACGGCUGGUGGCGGGGCAGCCAGGCGGGCCGCGUGGGCUGGUUUCCCUCCAACUACGUCCAGGAGGAGGUCGGAGGGGCAGACGACAGAGGGGAGGGAGAUUCCUCGCGGGGCUACCAGGGAGGUUCUCAAGGAACUUUGUUGGCCAACGGGCGCGCAGGUGGCCGCGGCGUAGUUCUGCACCUGGUUCAAACGCUCUACCCCUUCAGCUCCGUGACAGAGGAGGAGCUGAACUUUGAGAAGGGAGAGGUCAUGGAGGUGGUGGAGAAGCCGGAGAACGACCCGGAGUGGUGGAGGUGUAAGAACUCGCGCGGCAUGGUGGGACUUGUACCUAAAAACUAUGUGAUGGUGCUGGACGAGCGGCCCGGCCCGCCCUCCUCGACGUCGAGCUCCCCACAGAACCGCUUCGUGGCACCGGCACGCUCAGGGAGGUUCGCCGGGAGGGACUGGUACUACGGCAACAUCACCAGACACCAGGCCGAGUGUAUUCUCAACGAGAAAGGAGAGGAGGGCGACUUCCUCAUACGAGACAGCGAGUCAUCGCCCAGUGAUUUCUCCGUGUCUCUGAAGGCGGUGGGUAAGAAUAAGCACUUUAAAGUGCAGCUGUCAGAUGGAGUAUACUGUAUCGGCCAGCGCAGGUUUAACUCCAUGGAUGAACUAGUGGAGCAUUACAAGAAAGCCCCCAUCUUCACCAGCGAACAUGGAGAGAAGCUGUACCUGGUCAAAGCGCUGCUGUGAUUCACACGUCCUCACACCUACACUGGAUCUCAUACACAAACACACACACUCUCGCUCUCUCAUAUACACUAUACACACACACACACACACACACAAUACUAACGCCACUCCCUAACUGUCUUAACUCAAGCCUUAGCUCUGGACCCUCUCGCUAUGGCGUCUGUAACACAUCCAGAUCCUCAGUCGCACCUCGAAAUUGUAUCCGUCUCCCUCCAGCAGGUGAAACUUUCCCUCGCUCUUCAAUCGAGCGCCGAACCCCCAAGACAGCCAGCACUGUGUCAGGAAAUACCCGCAAUCCCUCGUGUUACAACGCAGUGCAAAAUCCGCCUCCCGUAUCCUGGAUGUGCUAACGUGCAGUGACCAUAUCUGCUGCUAACAGAACGCCUGAGGCCUUGUUGGGGGUUGAGCUCUCCUUCUGAUGUCAUACAUAAUGUCCAUUUACUAGCACGCACAUUGUAAUUUACACCAUUGCUCUUAAUCCACACAGGAGAACAGACAUUUAACAGUUCAAAGAGGACUCUUAACCUCUGUGGGACCUAACUCUGGUGUCGUCCUGUCAAAUUGCUGGCCAUUGUUUUAUUUUUGUUCACUUGUUUUUUUGUUUUUUUUAAUGCUUGUUAGGACUUUUGUUUUGUUCGUGUAAAGCUAAUUUAAAUUCCUCUCUGGGGGUUUGAAUCGUUGCUUUUUUCACAAAGUGACCAGAAUCACUCUCUUGCCUUUUCCUCCUGAUUUUCACCAUUCCUCUACAUGAUUUUUUACCUUCCUCCCCCUUUUUUUUUCUUUCUCAAAUUCCUCCUCGUUUCUCGUCUCCACAAACCCCCGUCAUUACAAGUGAUGUUACCUGAAAUCUCCAUACAACACCUCCUGUAAUAUUUCUAACAAGGCAGUUGGGGGGGGAGGGCGAGGGAGCGUUAAUGCAAUAGGGGAGACCUCUGAUGUCCUGUAGAGUUUGAAUGUUUAUCCGUGUAACCAAAUGUGCCACCCUGUACCCAUUACUACUGGCUCCAGGUCUGCACCGCACUCACUAUACUUGGCAUUCAUUCAUCGCUCUAUGCUCAUGCUUUAUAUUGUGUCACGUUGAACAUGUUAUUGUUCUGUUCUCCAGUAUGUGUCUGUAGCUACAUGAGGAUACUGACUGAAGAAUAAUAAAAACCUUUUUUUGGUAACACUUUUGAGUAACUACACUUGAUCUGCUCCUGAGAACGAAUGCAGUUAUAGGGGAAAAAAAAGUACCUCUUCUGAUGUUGGAUUUGUUAAAAAAUUAUUAUCUUUGGGAAUAUCGUGAUUUCAGAUAAUUUUGCAGGAAUUAUACACAAAAAUUAUUGAUGACCGAGACCCCAGUAAAAAAUAGGAAGUGAUGGCCUGAUAAAUUUUUUUCACAGGUUAACAAAUUACUUAUGAAACCCCGUCUUAAAGGCCUAGAAACUAGGAAUAAACCCUCUGUAGAGCCAUUUUAGAAUAGAAAGAAAAUCUGAACAUAAGGUGUCUUUUGUUUUGCCUCCCAAGCCUUUACAAAACCAAAACUUUGAGCAAAAGUAAGCGGAACAGUGUGUUCAUCUGCCCUGAUGUUAUUGUUAGCAUUUGUUAGCAUGCCUGGCUAACUGGCUAGAAGUGAAAUCAAGGAGAAUUUGUUUUUGGAAAUUACUUAAUAUUUCGAGUUUUACGCUGCAAAAACGAAACAGGCGUAAGAACGGUGACUAAAUGGGCUUACGUAGCAGUCAGUUAUAAAUUCUUCACUAUCAACAAACCAAAUACAUUGCCAUCCGGUUCAUAAUUACAAGUCUAGUCCAACCAAACAUUUUCCUGUUUAUUUUUGCUAUGUGCAUUUGUUUACCAAUGGAAGUGUUGAUCAUGGGGUCCUCAGCUUUUAUAUGAUAUAUCUGAAUGUUAUUGAGCAUUGUUAUUUAAUUCUUGUCUCCACUGUAUGUAUAUAUUCAAAAUAAGAAGAGGUGCAUAUAUGAAUCAUUAAGAUCCAACUAUGGUACUGUAUCACCGACAACGUGAUGAGAAUUGAGAUACUUUUGUUCAAUAAAAAUUUUUGAAGAAUACUAAAA